CAUGACGCAGUUGAAGACCGUUGAUACAAAAUUUCUCAUUUUUUCGUCUCGUUAAGCUCUGCACUGCAAAAGUUUCAGCUCUCUCCCUACUCACGCACGCACAUUGAGAAACGAUGACGUUUUGGGCGGUGAUGUCGGGUCGGGCCAGGAGGUCGAGCUCCGAUUUGGGAGCGAGGUGGAUGUCUUCAUGGUGGCAGAGCGUGGAGCCGGCACCCAAGGAUCCGAUACUCGGCGUUACGGAGGCUUUCCUGACCGAUCGUAGUCCGAACAAAGUCAAUGUCGGAGUUGGUGCUUACCGAGACGACAACGGAAAGCCAGUUGUUCUUGAAUGCGUUAGAGAAGCAGAGCAAAGGAUCGCUGGAAACUUAAACAUGGAGUAUCUUCCAAUGGGAGGGAGCGUGAAGAUGGUGGAAGAAACAUUGAAACUGGCCUAUGGGGAGGAUUCUGAGUUUAUCAAAGAUAAAAGGAUAGCAGCAGUACAAUCUCUCUCUGGCACUGGUGCAUGCCGACUUUUUGCAGACUUUCAAAAGCGUUUUCAUCCUGACUCACAAAUUUACAUACCAAUCCCUACCUGGGCCAACCACCAUAACAUUUGGAGAGAUGCUCAGGUACCUCAGAGGACCUUCCAUUACUAUCACCCGGAGUCACGAGGGUUAGAUUUCGCUGCAUUGAUGGACGAUAUAAAGAAUGCACCAAAUGGCUCAUUCUUCCUACUUCAUGCUUGUGCUCAUAAUCCUACUGGAGUGGAUCCUUCAGUGGAUCAAUGGAGAGAGAUCUCAUACCAGUUCAAGGCAAAGGGUCAUUUUCCCUUCUUUGACAUGGCGUAUCAAGGUUUUGCUAGUGGUGAUCCAGAGGGAGAUGCAAAGUCCAUCAGGAUUUUUCUUGAGGAUGGACAUCUAAUUGGAAUUGCUCAAUCCUAUGCAAAAAAUAUGGGACUCUAUGGUCAGCGAGUAGGAUGCCUAAGUGUCCUUUGUGAAGAUGAAAAGCAAGCUGUGGCUGUGAAAAGUCAGUUGCAGCUGCUCGCCAGACCCAUGUAUAGUAACCCUCCUCUUCACGGUGCGCUAAUAGUUUCAACUAUUCUUAGUGAUCCAGAGUUGAAGAAGUUAUGGCUCAAAGAAGUUAAGGUUAUGGCAGAUCGCAUCAUUGGAAUGCGAUCAGCUCUACGAGAAAAUCUUGAGAAGUUGGGGUCACCCUUAUCAUGGGAGCACAUCACUAAUCAGAUUGGUAUGUUCUGUUAUAGUGGGAUGACACCAGAACAAGUUGAUAGUUUGACGAAAGAGUUUCAUAUCUACAUGACUCGAAAUGGUCGUAUAAGUAUGGCUGGUGUUACUACCGGAAAUGUUGGAUAUUUGGCUAAUGCCAUCCACGAGAUCACCAAAUCUGCUUAGUCACUUGUUACAGGAGUGGAAUUCUUCAGGGUAACCUUUGAUGUACCGAGGCAAAACAUACGCCAUUGUGUUUUGUGCAACCUCCUUUCCCAUCUCUUUAUGAAGUAGGAAAGGACGAAAUAAAAGAAACAUUACUGCGUUCUCUUCCAAAAUUUUUUCUCUUUCACUUAAUGGUUACGGGAGCUUCAAUGUUGGAGAGAAUCCAUCUUGUAAAACAUGAACCACUGAAAAGUGUCGCAUCUAUUUUAAU